UUUUGUCGGUGACUUUUUAUGAGGAUUUUGCACUUUGACAAAAUAAAUAAACAAGUGGAUUUUUAGUUUGUUUUGUUUGAAACAAAAGAUAAUUUUUUGUUGAUUAAUAAUCGAUAUUUUCAUAUAUUACUGAUAUAUAACCUUAUUUUUUUGUCGGAUUGGCUAGUAAAUAAUUUUGUUGUAUUUAUUUAUUUAUUUAGAAAUUAUUUAAAAAAUGGCAUCGACGAGAGAGAAACGUGCAAAUGCUGGAAAUAAAAUGGCUAAAUUGUUAAAUGAAGAGGAAGAAGAUGAUUUUUAUAAAACGACUUAUGGUGGAUUUGAAGAAGUUGAACAAGACAAUGAUUAUAUGGAAGAAGAUGAAGGUGAAGAUGAAGUUGAUUCAGAUUUCAGUAUCGAUGAAAAUGAUGAGCCGGUAUCAGACCCUGAACAAGAAGGACCAAAAAAGAAACGUAGAUUAGUAACAAAGGCUUACAAAGAACCUAAACCAGUUGCUGCACAGCCGAAGACAAUUACUAAAGAAAAAAAACCACGAAUUAUUAAGAGAAGAAAAUUUUUAAAUGACAGUACAGGAAGAAAGUCUAUAAGAAGAUCAACGGCCGCUAAGUCGGCGGCAACACAAAGAAGAUUAAAAGAAAGGAAUGAAGAUCAGAGACGAAAAGUUAAGAAAGUAAGGAAUGAUGUCUGGAAGCCUACGCAAGAAGAACUGUUGGAAGAAGCAUUGGAGACUGAAGAGAUAAAUCUUAAAUCACUUGAAAAGUACCAAAAACUUGAGAGCGAAAAGAAAAAUACUCGAGCUGUAAGAAAAACUCAGUCCCAGCCUAUGAUAAGGUAUCAGUCAUUAUCAAUGCCAAUAAUGGUGCUAUCAGAGACACCUGAUAAAGAAAAUGAAAAAAUAACAAUCAACGAUGAAGACGACAAACCAGCUGACGAGUCAAAUACAAACACGCAGUCAGCCACACCUGAGUCAAUUAAAGAAACAGAUGGCAAAGACAGUGAUAGUAAACCAGAGUCUAAUAAUGAACAGACAAAGAAAAAGUCUAAUGGGAAUGAACCAGCUCACAAAGGAUAUUACGAGAGGACAUUUAUAACUUUUGAGUCUGACAGAUUAUUUUUAAAAGCGUUUAAGAAAACUCCCGCACCUAGACGGACUUUGAGGUCACUCUGUGCUAUCACUAGACUGCCAGCAAAGUACCGGGAUCCAGUAACGAAUUUACCCUACCGCAAUGUCCAAACGUUUCGGCUGCUACGAGAAGCUUAUUAUCAGCAAUUGGAAACAAAGGUUGACACAAGUGAUACCGCAAAUAAUGCUGAUUUAAUCAGAUGGUUGGAAUGGAGACAGAAAAACCAGCAUGCAGUCCAAAAAAAUACAGUAAGACUUGAGUCAGCGUCGAUUUAUUCAACGCCUUAGCGUGAAACUACGUCAGAUUUAGCUUUGUUUAAUUCUGAAAAUAAAAUCAAUAACAAUCCAACGUCAUGCUACAUAUUACUCCUUACUAAGUGAGCAAUAACUCAUUGCUAAUAAUAAUAAUAAUAACAAUAAAAUAGAACAAUGAAUAUUUUUUUACUUAAGGUCAAUAAAAAAAGUCUUUAAUAUUUAUGUGAUUAUUUAAUUUUUUUUUUGUUUUGUUGUCUCUGUUUUAUUCGAUAAUUAUUAUUAUUAUUAUUAUUAUUAUUAUUAAUAAUAAUUAAUGUAUAAAUAAAUAAAUGAAAGAACUUUUUUAAUAUCCAGUCUCCUUGAUUAUUUAUCCAGCCCGUAUACGAAUUGAGAAAUUGGCGGUCCUGAAAUAUUUUACCGGAGGACAAAAUAACCGGAAAAUAGACGGCGCGAAAAUUAAAAAUUUGAAUUUUGCUAAAAAAUAUAAAUUUUUUGUCAGUAUAUAAAUUUUAUUAUUAAAUAUAUGAAAUAGAAAUUAUCAAGUUUCUCAUGCUGAAAAUUUGCUGUAAAAAAUCUAGGGACGUGGAGUGAAUUCGGAGCAAUUUCUUUUACAUCUCGAAUUUUCUACGGUUAUUUUGCCGCAGUUUAAAAAUAUCAAGACGAAGUUGUGAUUUUUCUAUUUUAUUUUAAAAUGUAUCGAUGUUAAAAUGAAAAAAAAAAUUUCUUAAUGUACUUUCACAUGUUUUGAGGAUUAAAAAAAAAAAUGGUGAAAUGGUUUUUUAAAAUUUUUUUCUUAGCUCGUGAGCUGUAUUGUACCUUUUCCAACUAUUAAAAUAAUAACAUUGAUUAAAAAUAUGGUUAGAGAAUUAUACAUAAUGUGGUGUUUGUUUUUUUUAACAUUAUUACGCAUCAGUAAUUACCCUAAAGCAUUAAUUAAAAUUAACUUUCUUUAAUCUCGCGUAGUGAUAAAAAGCAGACAUAUAAAUUUACAACUUACUGUUCAUUAUUUCAGUGACUUUAUUUACUACGAAAUUAUUAUUAACUUUACUUGAUUAAUUUUUUUCCUUUUUAUUUUAAUUACGAUGUAAUGUAACAAAUAAACUCGUACACCGUGUUUAGAUGAUUGCAUUAUAACUACGCAAUGAAAACAAUUAUUAAUAUAUACGAUAAUCAAAAUAAUAUCUCCUGGGUCUUCAUUGCUUUACGGACAUUAGUUAAUUAAUAUUAUAUUAUUAUUAUUAUCAUUAAUAUUAUAAUUAUUAUUCCAUACUCAUGUUUUCGCACAGCUCUUGACAAGAAAAGCCUCUUGUAAUAAAAAAAAAAACAAAAUUAUGAUAAAAACAAACUAAGAUUCAAAAGCCACAGGUAGCAUGGUGUCGAAAAUUUAUAGACUACGGCGCGACGGAGUGAGCAAUAUCUCAUUGCAUUUUUUUUUCCAACAAAUUAAGUUUAAUAAAAUUUAUUGUUUGAUAUUUUCCGUCAAACUGUUGAUUGUGAGGAUUGUUUUUUUUUUUUUUAAAUGAAUUUUUCAGUCAUCCAAGUGCCCGCAGUGAUACACGAGUACUUACACAUAUUUCCAUGAUAAAUAUAUAUAUAAUUAUUAUUAUUAUUAAAAAUUCGUUAAUAUAAGUCGCGU